CGUCACGUCAGAAACCCGGCUUUUCCUUCAUUCUGAUUGGCUAUUCGUCGACAGGGCCUAGAACACGCGUAGGUGAGGCCGAAUGCGUAAGGGAAGUCGACUCUCAGAUUCUGUACGGCGUUCGGAAACUCUACCUCGUGGAAAUGGCGAACAGAAUCUCCUUGGCGUUGGCGCUGCUGGUGAUCGCGCUGGCAGUCGUGGCCUCCGGCAGGAUACUCGACGGGGUGGACGACCUUAAUGGCUUAGAGGGCGACGACCUGCUGCUGACGGACACGGUGUUCACGGACGGCGACGCCGACGGGAGCGACAUGAUCUCGAUCUCGGAGGCCCCAGAACCCGACAUGGGUUUGAGUGCUUCGUUUGGGAAUAUUGUGUACAGCGUGAUCGGCUUCGUGCUGGGAGGCUCUCUGAUGUUCGUCUCGCUGUUCGACAUCACCAGGAAACCGGUGAUCAUGUUCUUCGAUCAAGUUUUCGGCGCAAAGACCAGCCGUCGACGUCGGAGGGAAGCUGGCGACGGUCUGGAGUCGAGGGUCGCCGUUGCCUUCGACACCCUGGCGGCGGCGCUCGACAAGAUGGAGACCAUUGCAAAUAUCGCCAACAGCAUGUAGGGGAUGGGGGGGGGGGAGGGGGAGGGAGGGAUCAUUUUACACAUCCGGAAACCGAAUCCAGCGCGUAUCCAAUAAAAGAACAACUAUCUUUUGAGUUUUUUAUUAUGCCAUCUUUUAGAGUCGUUUGAGGAAGACCUUUUAAGUA